AUGGCAAACAUCUACGGGUUCCCAGAUGCGCACGACUUGGACGAUAGCAUUACCAAAGAAGUGAUUAUACGCACAUGGUGUUCGUUGUACAUGAUUGAUCAGUGGUCCUCUGCUGGCCUCAAUCUACCUAGGCAGAUCGAGGACGAUCAGAAGCGACCUGUGCAUGAAAUAGAAUUCUGGCGCCUGAAGCCUGAAGUGUUUUUCACACCCUCUUUCCGAGCAAAGGCCCUGCCAAGUCUCUGGGGCCACAUGGUUGACCUCGCUCAGAUGUUCGGUCGCGUUAAAGAUUUCCAUGAAGAGCUAGCAGAAGGGUCUAUGAACGAGCAUGAUACCGAGCUCACUACUUACAAACUGAAAGAGAGAUUCGAUGAAUUUACUCGUCUCAAACUGCCACUUGAACACCACUACACCCCAAGAACCUUCAAAACCCAUGCCGCUGCCGGCCUUGGGGGGACCUUUGUGGCUCUUCAUCUCGGCUACCACCACUAUGCCACAUUGCUUUACUUCCCCUAUCUCGACCCACAGCUAACCCAAAUACCAGGCCGGUCUAGCUAUGUUGAUCUCUGCAAGAGUCAUGCUGCAUCCUUUAGCGACUUGCUCAGGACCUCACACGAAACCCCCAAUUGCGAAGCUGUGUACCUCAUUGUGGCUCAUAUGACGGUCGUUUCAUCAUCCGUAUUACUUCAUACGCUUCUGUUUGGCGAGGAAGACGAACUAUCCGAAGCGAGAAGACGACUCUACUCGAACUUUGAGAUACUUUUGAAGUUGAAACAAUACUGGCCAGGAGCUGAUUUCAUGGUAAAGCCAAGAAUGGUUCGUUUUGGACAAGAGCUAACUAAAUAA